UCUACAACACGCUUUACGCUCCUUCAACAUCCAUCAAUUCAUUCAGUCAGUCAUAGCCAUGCAACGACAAUGGGAACGGAUAUUUAAAAACUGCAAAGGCAAACAACAAAGAAAAGAGGUCACCAGAGGCGUAAAUUGACAAAUUGGGGCUUAUAUCGUUCUUUCAGGUUGUUUUCUGUUAUGAAAUGGACCAGAUCAUAGCCUGAUGUCGCGUGCUGCUGUCAGUCUGCUGCUGUGGCCGCGUGCAGAUGUGGACAUACUAGUACAUUAGGCCAUUCACCCCGCGAGCUAUUGUCCCCUCCAUCCUCUUCCACUCCAUCCCCUCUCUCGGGGCCAAACUGGCGUGUGCGUCCCUCCCCGGGUAUGUCUCUCCGUCUCUCCGCCAGAUGGGGCGGAAAACAGAAGCCUCUGGAGAGGGAUGUUUCCUUCCUCAGCCGUUUGUCCUACUGGUGGAUUUACAGAGUCGUGUCAGCAGGCCAUAGGAGGGGGCUACAGCUGUCGGACCUGUGUUGCCUUGGCGAUGAGGACUCAGCCCAGAGUUUAUGCUCAGCCCUCCAGCAGCAGCAGCAGCACCGGACGACAGAGGGACGGAGUCAUAGCCAAGAGUCAGGAGAGGAGGAAUCACUGGGUGGAAACACCUCCCACCCAGGUGUUCACCUGUCUGGCCCCGCCCUGCUGUGUCAUCUGUAUGGGUGGCUCCACCCCUCACUGCUCCAGGUAACCCUGCUGAGGAUGACCUCUGACCUACUGGCCCUCCUGCCCCCUCAGGCCCUCAGGUAUGGUAUUCUCUACUGUGAGAACCAGCCUGUCUUUGAUUGGUCUGGGCUUACCCAUGCCCUGGCACUAUUGGCUGCUGUAGUGUGCCACGCCCUGGUCCAGCAGGUGUGUGAGCGUCACAGCAGAAUGACUGAGGUCAGAGUUCAGACAGCGCUGACUGGAGCCUUGUAUAAACAGGCCCUGUCCCGGUGCAGUAUUCCUGGGUGUCUACCCUCCCCUGCCCCAUCGUUAACCCCACUCCGGGCUGACGUUGGACGGUUAGCAGAGCUCCCAGUCUCCCUGUCUGCCCUGUGGUCUUCCUGGGUGCAGGGGACAGUGUGUGUGUGUCUGCUGUGGAGAGAGCUGGGUCCCUCUUCUCUGGCGGGACUAGCUGUAUUGUUACUGCUGGUACCGCUCACCUCUGCUGUACAAUGCAGGGCAAGGCUAUUACAGAGAAGCCAGGAGAGCGUGAGGGGAGAAAGACAGCAGCUCGUGCAGGAGAUGCUGAACGGAAUCAAAACGGUGAAGUUGUUGGUCUUGGAGGCGUGGUUCCAGUGCAGAGUGGGCAUUGCCAGAGAGAAGGAGCUGGAGACGCUGAGGAUUCUGGGAUUCCUGACGGCCUUCUCCCUAUUGGACCGCGUCUGUGUGCCUUUCCUGGUGUGUGUGUCCAGUUUGGGUGUGUAUGUGCUGGUGGAUGAUGGUAAUGUUCUGACAGCGUCUCAGGUGUUCACCUGUGUGUGUCUGUUCACACUGCUACGCUCACCUUUUAACCUACUGCCCUCCCUGGCACUGCACCUCACACAGACCUGGCACUCCCUCUGUCAUCUGGACCACUUCCUCUUCUCACAGGAAGUCUCUCACACAGAGAAUGGCACUCUUUCAGAGAAUGGGGUCAAGAAAAGCUGUCUCGAGGAGCACUCAGAUCGGUGCAGUAAUGAGACCUUGAGAGAGACAGAAGCAAACACUGUACAUCUGCCCAAACAUGGUGUGAGCAGUGUGUGUAUUCGGCUGUAUCUGCAUGUGUGUGGCUUGGGCUGGGUGUUGUUGACUGUAUUAUCCCAGGUGUGUGUUUGUGUGGUGGGUGUGUGUCAGACCGGUCUGUUAGCCGUGUGGACCAGACAGGCUAAAGAACUACAGGGGCUGGAGGAAUGGAGAGAACUACGAGACUCACGACUAUCUGUCUACGCUGUACUGGGGCUGCUGCAAGCUCUGUCCGUGUGCUGUGUAGCAUUAGCAGUCACUGGUGGUUCUCUGAAGGCGUCUGCCAGUCUCCACUCUGAGCUGCUCUUUGCUCGGCUCCGCCUUCCUCUCAGAUUCUACCAGAUCACGCCCUCUUCUCUGGUCCUGCGCAGCCUAUCACAGGAGAUGUACGUGAUUGACGAGCUAGUCCCCACCAACCUCCUCUCCUGGCUCUCCUGUUGGCUGCAGGUGUUUGUGACAGUGCUGCUGAUUGUCUACAUCUCCCCUCUCUUCAUCCUGAUAGUUCCGGUGCUGACUUACCUCUUCCUCACAAUACAGUCAUACUACAGGUCAGUCUCGGGUCAGGUGAGGAGGAUGGUUUCAGACUCUGCCUCCUCUCUCUCAUCCCUCCUUUCUGAGUCACACAGGGAUGAGGUCACCAGUGGUAGUCAUGACGACCCCUUGACCCGUUGCUAUGGUGCCCUCAACGAGCACCUGGUGUGUCGCUACAACUGCAUUUUAUUGGACAGGUGGGUAUCAGUGUGGUUGGAUGCCUUUGCAGGACUGGUUCUGUUCCUGGUCUCUGUGACUCUACUGGACUCUGAGGUAGACCCCAGUACUGUAGGACUGGUCCUGACUUACACCCUCAGCCUGAGAGAGGUUCUUCAUCUCCUGGUCCAAGCAAGCUGUGGCGUAGAGAGCAGUGCUGGUGCCAUCCAGAAGAUGGACCAACAUGCACACAUGGAGAGAGAGCCCCCCUGGUCUGUGCCCUGUAGAGCACCCCCUAGCUGGCCAAAGGAGGGAGUGGUGGAGUUCAGGAGCUAUGAGACGGAGCUUAACCCAUCACCCGCUGAACUGUCUUUUUGCACUCGGACCAGAGAGAAGGUUGGUGUGGUGAGCAGAUCAGGAGCAGAGCUGGAUGCCAUAACCAGUUCUCUCUUCCGAUUGGUGGAGGGCCGAAGGGGCGUGUUGAUGAUUGACGGGGUGGACAUCUCUAGUGUGGGACUCCAUGACCUUCGCAGCCGGUUGGCGGUCAUAGCUCGGGUUCCAACUCUGUUCUCCUGUUCACUGCGCUCCAACCUGGACCCCUGGGGUUGCCAUGGGGAUGCCCAGGUGUGGCAGGCACUGGAGAGGUGCCACCUGAAGGAAAGGGUCAGCUUGCUGCCAGGACAGCUCCUCUACCCACUACAACACGGAGGGGCCGGGCUCAGCUCCAGUGAGAGGAGGCUGCUGUGUGUGUGUCGUGCCCUGUUGAAGGACUGUGUUGUCCUGGUAGUGGAGGACCCUGUUCCCCCUGUAGACGUCCACACUGAGAGGCUGCUCCAGAGCAUCAUACACACACACUUCUCCCACUGCACCGGGCUGUAUCUAACACAGAACCCUGGGAAUGUCACACACACUGACAGGGUGUUGGUGUUAGAUGGGGGACGUGUGGCUGAGUUUGACUGCGCCUCUGCUCUCCUCCAGAGGGGGGCACUGUUCUCCCAGCUGCUCUCUGAGACACAUAGAAACCAAGACACAGAAGAAGAGUGAAGAAUGAGGGUGGAAGUUGGUAUUAGGAACAGAACUAGGAUCAUUUUACCCAUGAUCAUAAUGAUGCUGGACUAGCUGUUUGAGUUUGCUCAGUUGUUUGAAGCAUGGGGUUCCAACACUAGAGUAAUAACACCAGAGUUGUGGGUUUCAACACCAGAAUAAUAACACCAGAGUUGUGGGUUUCAACACCAGAGUAAUAACACCAGAGUUGUGGGUUUCAACACCAGAGUAAUAACACCAGAGUUGUGGGUUUCAACACCAGAAUAAUAACACCAGAGUUGUGGGUUUCAACACCAGAAUAAUAACACCAGAGUUGUGGGUUUCAACACCAGAGUAAUAACACCAGAGUUGUGGGUUUCAACACCAGUGUAAUAACACCAGAGUUGUGGGUUUCAACACCAGAGUAAUAACACCAGAGUUGUGGGUUUCAACACCAGAAUAAUAACACCAGAGUUGUGGGUUUCAACACCAGAGUAAUAACACCAGAGUUGUGUGACACUCUGGAUAAAAGCAUCUGCUAAAUGACCAUAUUAUUAUAUUACCAUGUGUUAAGUGCCCCUCGUAAGAGGAUCCUAAAGGGCUAUACAUUGUGAUGAGGUUACUUACCUCAUCCUCUACCAGCAGCGUCCAUCUUGGCUCAAUGGGGCUAUCUGGUUGCCGUGACUGUGAUGCUUUUGCAAUAUGGUCAAUGUGAAACUGAGUUAUAGAGGAACCGCAUGGACUGUGGCCAGGGCUUUAAGUGUACUCAGACUAUGUGGUGAUACAGGAUCAAUAGUAAAAGUACAACAAAUACAGCACAGUAAGCACAGCACUCAAUACAUACAGCAAGUUUAUCUCAAUGACUGACACCAGCACAACAAACUACUGCCUGGACUACAGACUCUCUCUCUGUGUCUCUCUCCCAACCCCCUUCUCUUAAUUUAUCUUUCAUUUCUCUCUCUCUCUCUGUCUCUCUCUCUCUCUGUCUCUCUCUCUCUCUCUCUGUCUCUCUCUCUCUCUCUCUCUCUCUCUCUCUCUGUCUCUAUCUCUGUCUCCCAACCCCCUUCUCUUAAUUUAUCUUUCAUUUCUCUCUCUCUCUGUCUCUCUGUCUCUCUCUCUCUGUCUCUCUCCCAACUGCCCUUCUCUUAAUUUGUUUGAUCUCUCACUCUCUCGCUCCCGGUUAGGCAUAAAUCUGUUCUGAUUGAAGAGGGCUUUUAUUGACCAGGAUUAUCCGUCCAGCUCUGUAUCUACUGUUACGGGUACAUUCAGGCUUGGCCAGUACUGUUUAUACAAAAUCUCUACAAUGUAUACAAAAUGUAUUGUGUCCUUUUGAACUCAUUCUGACGAUACAUGAUCAAUUGUAGCUGAUCAUCGCUGUGUGUGUGUUUCUAAUGAACAUCAAAUGUUGAAGGUUCUAUUUUCUUAAUUUUACCCUGAGCUUUAAAAUGCAAUGAUUACUCAUAUCUAUAAUUACCAGAACCUCCGUGUGUGUGUGUGCUCUUGUUGAAGCACAGGACUGAUAAGUUUAAUUGGCAGGCUAAUCACUUUAACAAAGUACGACUAAUAACUGACUGGGGUAACCCACACACACUCUUCAGUGUGUGCGUGCGUGUCAUGUCUCAUCAUCGAAAAUGCACAAUUAAACACGACGUCAAUGAAUCACAUAAAGCUUUUUUAUUGAGUUAUCUCGUCACAAAACAAGUUAUGGGUGAAAAAGGUAUCUUUCAGUUUCUACAAGGCUCUUUAUAAACUCUGUUUUCAUCUCUGGCUGUGGGUAGACAUGCUAGCAGGACAGUGACUGCAUCACAACGCUGAGUACAAAACACGCCACUUCUUAACAACACAUUCACACACAGGCUCCAAAACGUACCACACCAUCACCAGAAUCUAGUCUCAUAUAUGUACCACUGAUCUACUGUAUGUGUUUCUAGAACCUCUAGAACCUAAUGUAUGUACAACACUCCAUCCAACACAUACACACUGAAACAUACACAAAUCCCUUAUUAAAACCUUGUUCAAUGGUUGAGCGUGCUACACGUGUGUUUGCCUUUGAAAGAAAACACAUGUAGUACUCUCAUAUAUUCCAUCAUAUGAAAGCAAUAACACAGGACAUCGGAGGAUAAGUUGAGAUGUAUGGCAUGUAUCAAUAUUUAGCCAGGUGGAUAAUCUCUCACAUUAGACAAUGCUUAUACGGAAUAUAAAAUAUAACAUUGUAGACCAUGUAACAUGCACAAAACUGCACUUACAGUAUUCAUAUCAGGCGGUGAUAAAUAUUGGAUAAAUACUGACUGUUUCAUCCAUGAGAUAUUUACUGGCAUUAUGCAUUCAAUUAGAUUGGAUCAUGGACAUUUUUUUAUUUUUUUCAGGACAUUUAGGAAAGUCAUUUAGCUGACUGAUCUGUCUGAGACAUAGCUCCCCAGUGAGGGAACAGAGAGUUAAGCUAGUACUAAACCCUGAACAACGGGAAGCAGAUCAAACAACACACUUCAAUAUCCAUUUUAAAGUCCUAUUUCCCUAUUUCCCCCUCCCUGCCUCUUUCCCUCUCUCUUUUUAUCUUUUAUUCACUUUCCCUUAAAUGUU